AGGAGCGGGGUUGACACACACAGAAGACGAAGACCACCACGACAACACUAUCUAGACGAAGAAGACGAUACACUACCAUCAAACCAUGAAUACGUCUGUGAUUGUCCUACUCUUGGUCGGAGUCUCCACAAGUUUUGCUAUGCCCACCAGUACUGCUACUCCUACGAAAACCAUGAAGGAUGCAGUCCGAAUGUUACUAGAGUCGACUGAACUUCUUCAGAACUGGGGCAAUACAGUCAUCGAUGCCUCCCAGACCGGUCUCACUGCUGCCAAUGUCCAGAGUCUCAUGUCAUCAGGAGCUAGUGCCAGGCAGAGAUUCCACGAGAGUGUCGAGGAAGUCAGCGAGAUGAUGAAGGAGAACGGUCAAGAGGGAGCUCCCCCAUCAUUUCACAAGGACAUGGCUGAUAGCGCUGUCGAUAUGUUAAAAGAAGAAGCACGAUUGGAAGAUCUUACUGAGGAUGAAAAGCUCGCGCUUAUUGCUGGAGACAAACUUUCCACCGACACCAUGCGUCUGCGCAUCAACAUGCAUCUGUUUACCCGCAGUAUGGAAAUCUUGGACAGCAGCGUAUUGGCACUUGAGAGUCUCCUCGGCGACGAGGUCACUGAUGAUGACAUCGUGAAAGUCCUCCCAGAAUUGGUUGAGGAACUCGGCAGCGAGGGCACUGCCCUGAGUAUUGUGUUCAAGGCUAUCGAGGAGAAUUUUGAAGAUGCCGCCUACCUGAUGGAGCCACUGAUCGAAGAAGAGAUGAAACAGUUAAAAGAGGAAAAGGAGGAAGACAAAGGCACCCCUAGCCGCCAGCGCCGUAGCCCACCAGGCGGAUGGAGCGUUGGGUUAGGUGGUGUCAGCUGGUCGAACAGACGCGGCAAUGUCCACUUCAACGCCACACCAACCUUCGGCAAAGGUGGAUUCGGUGCGAGCGCUGGAUUCAGGAUAGAGUUCUAAGAAGGACGACGUACCGAAAGCCAUAUUGUAUCACUGCCAAGACUUUGAGGUUGUUGUCUUAUACUCAAAUGUGAUAUCAGACAUUCGGAGAAAAGUACUAUGUUCUUUCAAACGGUUAAAAAAUCAUUGCUUUCGGCUUCCGUCUUGAGGCGUGGUGAUCUGUACUUAAUACGUUUUAUCUCCUCACUGUUUAAAAUGCUAAUGUGAUGUAAUACAAUGUAUAAUAUGUACCUGGUAAUAUAACUUUAUACAAAGUACUUUAUUUUCUACAAGUAUCUACUAAAUUAGAGGCAAUGUCUAUUCGGAUAUUUCAUUUAACGAUGAUAGUUUUGCAAAGUAGUUAAAAAACUCAUGAAAACGUUUGACCUUGGAUCAACGUUAAACAUAUCACACGGAAAGACGUGGGCCUAAAGUGUCAGUUUGGUUGUGAUGUGCACCUAUUUGAUUAUAAAAUUCACUUGUACCAAUCGUUCUCUUUUACACUUUACACGCUUUUGUAAAAUAGGUUUUGUGAGCCCAUGAACAGUCUGUGAAAAUGAUAAUUAAAAUCUUUUGGAACAAA